GUAAUACACGCUGUGAUCUAUCAGAUCAAAUUUAGUUUGUUUUUUGCCAUAUAGAUAUAUAUAUAUUAUUUUUCAUAGUUAAAAUAACAAGUAUUUGUAAUUAAUUUUUUUCUUGUCAAUAAAAAAAAAAAAAAGUUAUCUCAAGACGACGGAGAAGUACUUCAUGAUCUACAGUGUCAAAUGCUCAACUCAAGUCUAACAGCACUAGUAGAGUGACCCUCUGGUUAUCCAUGUUAAGCAAGAUGGCAUUGUGUACCUUAAGGAGGGCCGUCUCUGUGCUAUGGCGUGCUCGAUAGGCUCAGUGGAGCGUUGGGUACAGCUCUGAUCGCACUAAAUGUUCUUGGGUUUGGUAGUACACUGCUCUCUCCGUGAGCUUCGAAAUAAAUUGGAGAUUUCUCACGGGUCUAAUAUUUGAAAGAGAGGCGCUUUGACAAGGUUUCUUGAGCCGUGGAACAACUAGAGCAGCUUUCCACGCAACUGGAAAGUAUCCAAGAGUCAAGGAACAAUUAACCAUAGAAGUGACUAUUGGACUCUCUGCACUUGUGGACCUGUGGACUCUGUGGACGCUGUAAACCUGUGGACUCUGUGGACUCUAUGGACUCUAUGGACCUGUGGACUCUGUGGACCUGUGGACCUGUGCACCUGUGGACUCUGUGGACCUGUGGACUCUGUGGACUCUGUGGACCUGUGGACUCUGUGGACCUGUGGACUCUGUGGACUCUGUGGACUCUGUGGACUUUGUGAACUCUGUGGACUCUGUGGACCUGUGGACUCUGUGGACUCUGUGGACCUGUGGACUCUGUGGACCUGUGGACUCUGUGGACUCUGUGGACCUGUGGACUCUGUGGACCUGUGGACUCUGUGGACUCUGUGGACCUGUGGACUCUGUGGACCUGUGGACUCUGUGGACUCUGUGGACCUGUGGACUCUGUGGACUCUGUGGACCUGUGGACUCUGUGGACCUGUGGACUCUGUGGACUCUGUGGACCUGUGGACUCUGUGGACUCUGUGGACCUGUGGACUCUGUGGACCUGUGGACUCUGUGGACUCUGUGGACCUGUGGACUCUGUGGACUCUGUGGACCUGUGGACUCUGUGGACCUGUGGACUCUGUGGACUCUGUGGACCUGUGGACUCUGUGGACCUGUGGACUCUGUGGACUCUGUGGACCUGUGGACUCUGUGGACCUGUGGACUCUGUGGACUCUGUGGACCUGUGGACUCUGUGGACCUGUGGACUCUGUGGACUCUGUGGACCUGUGGACUCUGUGGACCUGUGGACUCUGUGGACUCUGUGGACCUGUGGACUCUGUGGACCUGUGGACUCUGUGGACUCUGUGGACCUGUGGACUCUGUGGACCUGUGGACUCUGUGGACUCUGUGGACCUGUGGACUCUGUGGACCUGUGGACUCUGUGGACUCUGUGGACCUGUGGACUCUGUGGACCUGUGGACUCUGUGGACUCUGUGGACCUGUGGA